AUGGCUGCGGCGGGUGAAGCACUAAUUAUAGCCAGAGCACGGAACCUCGAUAUCAGCGCGUCAGGAGCCCACGGCGGCACGAGCUGCGGCAGGAGUAGUGCACAGCUAAUUAAUGGUCCAAGAGCACGGCCUUUACUUACUGCGUGUAGGAGGCCUACUCGGCGGACGCUGAGGGAAUACCUCAAUUACCGUGUGGAGUGCAUACUACCAUAUGCAGAAGUCGGCGAUCUAAUAUUGCCGCGUGUGUUGCGCCAACGUCGGACUGCUGCGCGCAAAGCACGGCUUCUUUUCUGCUUUAUUGCGCGCAAAGUUCCCAAGAGUCAAGGAGAACAGCUGCGGCGAUUGAGUGCUCCUAAAGGUAAGGGGGCAGUCGAUCUGCGCGCCGUCGCCGUGACCAUGAAAAACAUCUGUGCAGCGCCGAGCGGCGACGGGGGCGUGGCGGGCGCGCUGCUGCCGGGCGCGCCGCUGCUGUGGGCGCUGGCGGGCGCGGGGGCGGCGUGCCUGGCGGCGGUCGCGCGCUGGUGCGGGUGCCGGCGGACGGACGGUGCUACGCGUCGCGCCGUGCUGCCGCUGCUGCCGGCGGAACGAGACGCCGGCAUCGGCACGCGUCGCCGCACGCGCAGCAGGCUCACAAGCCCAGCCCCAAGCACUGCAAGGUGUCGCGCGCGUCGCGGCUUGCCGCCGAGCUGCAGGCGGUGGAGCGCGGCGGCCGCAUUUGACGCGGGCACGCUGCUCGCCCCGGGCCCCACCACGCUGCUCGCGGAUGACCCGCAGGACAACCCCGACGUCGUGCCCUUCGCCAACGAGAUGGACCUGCCGCGGGCGCUGCUGAAGGCGCUGGACCCCUCGGGCGCGGGCGGCGGCGGGCGGGCCCUGGCGCUGGACUCCCCGUCGCAGGCGCCGCUCUACGAGAACCUGGGCAGCCUGGCGCCGUCGCCGGUGACGCGCUGGCCCCCUCCUCCUCCUGCUGCUGCGCCGCAGCUGCCUUUAUAGAAUGUGUGAACAGCAAAGGAGAUGAUGUUCAUAACAUUCCUAACGUUUGUGAGACCACUUUCAAACACGAAGAGAAAAGGGUUUGUGAAAUACUCUGGAGGAAAUAAAACUUUCAUUUCACUCUCUUGAACACAUGCUGAUCGCACGUGAAGGUUUCAUCUCCGUUUCAUAAUGUGCCUCAUCUGUGAAUUAAACUUUCCAAGUUACUGUGUAACUGUUAAUUUAAAACAUGAAUAAAGAGUUGUUUGUAUUUUUACAUUAA